AUUUCCAGUUAGUUCACGCGGAACUUGGUACAAAUAGUGAGCUGCAUGCGAAACGGUUCAGUAGAGAGAGGACUCGUCGUUCUUUACUGUAAACUUAUAUCGUACGUAUACCUGAUCAAAGAUGGACUGUGGGAUCAUCACAUCUAAAACUGUCUUGCUGCUCCUCAGCCUUAUGUUUUGGGCUGCAGGAGCUGCAUUGGCCUAUGUGGGAGCAUAUGUCAUUAAGAGCUACAAUAGCUUUCAGAGCUUUCUGGAGGACAAGACCACCCUGAUCCCUGCGACCAUCAUCAUCGUUGUGGCUGCUGUGAUGUUUAUCAUCGGGAUUGUGGGAUGUUGUUCCACCUUAAGGGAGUCCAAGAUUGGUUUAGGCUUUUUCAUGAUAAUCAUACUGCUCAUCUUCGUGGCGGAAGUAGCAGCUUUAGUUUGCAGCUUCAUCUACAUGAAAAGGCUAAAUGGCGAACUAGAGAAAUCGAUGACCACAGUGUUCGCCAAAUAUGACGGAAAUAAUCCAGAAACUCAUACGGUGGAUUUACUGCAGUCUCAGCUCCAGUGCUGUGGUGUCCAAAACUACACUGACUGGUCCGGCACCCCCUGGUUCAGCUCUCACAACAACACAGUGCCCCUGUCCUGCUGCAAGACCAACAACACUGAGUGUACUGGACGCCCAGACCAGCCAAGUCUCCUCAACACUGAGGGAUGUGAACCCAAGCUGGAUAAACUCAUUCAGGAUGUGAUGAGUUAUGCCAUGCUGGUCAUCUUGGGUUUCGCCAUCAUCAAGUUUUUCGGGAUAGUCAGCGUUUGUGUGAUCACAUGCCGAAGCCGCAGAAAUGAUUACCAGCGGUUUAAUGCGUGACCUCAGCGUAGAAGCAUCUGAGGAUCUCAACCACUGAGGAUGGGGAAAACUCUCCUAACCUACACACACACACAUAUAUAUAUGCACCUGUUGCUUACAUCACAAUAAGGUAUUGUUCAUUUGUCACGGUUUCUAUGUUUUUUUUUUUGACGCACUGGGAUUUUAAUGUCAUAAUUAUUUUUAACAUAUCACAGGUUUUGAAAUGUUAUUCAAUAGGAGGGAAAUGAAUACAUAAGCUGACAAAUUAUGCAUUAUAGGAUAUCAAGGCAUGCAUAUGUACAGUACAGCUGUAAGACAUAGCAUCUGUAGCAUCAUUAAGGUUCUUAAGGCUUGCCAGGAAUGUGAGUAGUUACCUACACACAGCUUUCCUCCAUAUCAUUUUUAUGUUACAAUUCUGACAGUUGCAUUCCAAAAAUGCCCUGCUAAAGAAGACCUAUACUGUUGACUGAGCCUGGACUUAUUUACCUUAUUUAUCUACCUGGCUCAGAGAUGGAAGGUGUUAAGUUUCAUGCCAUUUAGUAUCCAUGAACUUUAGAUUAGUGUUUUGAGUUGUAGUUCCCAGUUGAACAAUAGAAUGAGGACUGAUGUUGGUCAUCCUGCAUGCAAGCGUAUUUGGCCCAUGACUUGGUUUGUAAUUUUAUCAGGUUGGUUUUUCUCUUAAAUUGCCAUUCAGUUGGAAUUAUCUGCAGCUGAUUCAAUUCAUUUACUUUAAUAAGAUUUACUUUUGGUAAGGAAACGUGUCUGACAUCAGGAAAUAUGUUUUGGAUAGUGUGGAGUGUGGACAUAGUAAUCUGGUUAAAACUGUUUGUAAUGCCUGCUAUGUAUAUUUCAUGUAUGUUCAAUAUCUACCAUUACAGACACAGAUAUAGUUUGGUAGGCAUAUCGCACUGCAACUCCUGGUAGCCAGCAGCCAGUUCUCAGAAAAUGUGUGCUGCAAGUUCAGAUAACCCUUGCAGUCAACGACUUCUGCAUAUCUUUUAUUUUUGAUACAAUUUGGGAUGCUUUCCAAAAGAUUGUCAAAUAUGGUGUUUCCCAAACACAACAUCCUCAUGUUUUGUGCAAAAAAGGUAAUGUAAAUCAUAUACAAAAGUGUAUUUCCAUAUUUAAGAACUCAACAGACAGGAUAGAUAGUAAUUAGAAAUGCAUGGAUUAUGUUAAAUUGUCUUGCAAUUUUGUAAUGUACUUUAAUGUUAGAUUUUAAUGCUGUCAAUCUAAAUUUAUUUUCUAAAUAAAAUCAACAUAUUUUAUGACCCUAUAAUAUA